UACAUUGUUCCUUGCUCAUAGGAAGGGAAAGUGUUGGCCACCAUGAAGACAUCUGCCUUCAUCAUCGGCACAAGCCUGCUCCUGUUUGGUGCCUUCAGCAAUUCUGCCGUCUGGGCCAGGCAGAAGAGCUGGGAGCCUGCAGACCAUUUCUGGCAGACGCAAUGGCAGAAAGUUUACCGCCUCUUUGGUGGGAAUGAACAGGCCAUUUACUUUUCGGGGACGCUGCUGGUCCCAUUCCUUGUGUUUUGGUGCGUUAAUGGAGUCUAUAUGGUGGCUGAUGUGACCGGCAAGCCCAAUUUCAUCACCCGUUACCGAAUUCAGCUAGGGAAAAAUGACCCCGUGGAUACAAAAAAGCUGCUCCAGGCUGUUCGCACAGUGCUGUUUAAUUUGUUCUUCAUCUCUGUCCCGCUGGUGGUGCUCACUUUCCCCAUCGUGAAAUGGUGGGGGGACCCUUGCAGAGAAGAAUUGCCCACCUUCAGAUGGGUCCUCAUAGAGCUGCUCAUCUUUGGCCUGGUAGAGGAAAUUCUCUUCUACUAUUCACACCGGCUUUUUCAUCACCCACUUCUGUAUAAGCACAUACACAAGAAGCACCAUGAAUGGACAGCCCCUGUGAGCGUGGUCGCCCUGUACAGCCAUCCAGUCGAGCACCUGCUCUCCAACACGUUACCCGUGCUGUUUGGGCCAAUCCUCCUGCGAUCCCAUAUCACUUCAACUAUGUUGUGGGUCUGCAUUGCACUCGCGGUGACCAGCAUCUCGCACUGUGGCUACCACUUGCCCUUUCUCCCCUCGCCGGAGUUUCACGACUUCCAUCACCUCAAGUUCAAUCAGUGCUACGGCGUCGUGGGGAUCCUGGACUAUUUGCAUGGAACGGACACGCUUUUUAAGCAAAGCCAGGCCUGUAAGGGACCCGACCCCAUGCCUCGUGCUGGAAGCAUCCCCGACUCCCCCAGGAAGGCGAAGUGAACCCCGCCCGCUGUCCAGGUGCUUUAGGUCUCAGCACCACGUGAGGGACUCAGGAUGAUUAUUGCCCAAUGAUGUGCUAGAGAAGCAGUUAUUAAAUUAAAAAAGCAAAUCACAUGCAGCAGUUUUGCACUUGCUUCCCUGCGGCCUCCACCAGCGCAGCUCUGGGCAGCUUCGCGGCAGCUGGAGAUCCUCCAGGAGCGGGCACAGGACCAGCUCAAAUGGUCUGUGACCCAUUCCCAAGGCAGCCCAGAGAUGGUUGCUGCUUAGACAUCUGCUUUUUGACCACCCACUUGAAUUGUACUCCAAACCUGAAAAUGGAAGUUUGCAUCACUGUUUUACCACCCACGUUAGCCAGGAUUUCCCAACCAGCCUGGCUACGACCUGCAUUGGGAGAUGUGCUUCUGUGACUGGUGCCAUCUCAUGCCAGCAGCCCCCCGGGCAUGGGGGCAUUGACUCUGAAAACUACCUGGCAAUUCACUAAAAAAAUAUGAUAACACCCAAAUGAGAUGUUCGAUGGCAUCUGUUCCCACCCUUGGCAUACGCUGCACAAACUGGAACCACUGACUUGUUUGACUGUUAAAAGCAAUUAAUAGGCAAGAUGAAAAAACAAAGCCAAGGUACUUUGAGAGCCUUUCCUUAGAGCCACCUGGAGCUCUGUAAAACAGCCAGGUACAAUCACAGGACAUAAGGACUGAAGGGACCUCUGGAGGUCACAUCUAGUCCAACCCCCUGCUCCAAGCAGGACCAGCC